AUGCAAGGUUGUUUCAUGAUAAAAAGAUCAACUGGAUCACAAAUGGUUAAGGUUGUCGAUGUACACGAAAGAAAUCCAACAUGUCGGCGAUAUGGUGAGAAUAGAAGAUUCUCUGUUGCCUGUUACAAUGAAAAGAAUGAUUCGAUCUACUUGGCAUAUAACAAUAAGAUACAUCGUCUCGAUCUUCGAAACGCCGAAUUUAAAAGAUGUUAUCUCAGAGUUCCUGAGAGAUACGACCGGUCGUCAAAUAUCAACGAUGUUCUACAAACAAUCGUUAUACGCGCAACAAAUCAACCUUUCUUCACCGAAGAUACCUAUCAAGAGAGGGUUGGGGAUCUGUAUCUCUAA